GAGGAGCUGUGGGUCCAGUCAGUCUUGGAGAUGCCGAAGAGACGAGACAUCCUGGCUAUCGUGCUGAUAGUUCUGCCCUGGACGCUGCUAAUCACCGUCUGGCACCAGAGCACCAUUGCUCCACUGCUUGCAGUGCACAAGGAUGAUGGUGACUCCCGGCGUGAUUUCGCCCCAGGCUCGGACGCUAAGGAAUACUGCCUGUCCGACCGCGACAUUGUGGAGGUGGUGAGGACAGAGUACGUUUACACCCGCCCUCCCCCCUGGUCAGACACCCUUCCCACCAUCCACGUCAUCACCCCCACCUACAGCCGGCCGGUGCAGAAAGCAGAGCUGACGCGCCUGGCCAACACCCUCCUGCACGUGCCCAACCUGCACUGGAUCCUAGUGGAGGACUCUCAGCGCCGGACCCCCCUCAUCACUCGGCUGCUACGGGACACGGGGCUGAACUACACCCACCUCAACGUGGAGACACCCCGCAACUACAAGCUGCGGGGUGACAUGAGGGAUCCCCGCAUCCCUCGUGGGACCAUGCAGAGGAACCUGGCCCUGCGGUGGUUGCGAGAGACCUUUAACAAAAACAACAGCCAGCCGGGGAUUGUGUACUUUGCUGAUGAUGACAACACCUACAGCCUGGAGCUCUUUGAGGAGAUGCGCACGACCAGGAAGGUGUCAGUGUGGCCGGUGGCCUUUGUGGGUGGCUUGCGCUAUGAGUCGCCCAAGGUGAACGCAGCAGGGAAGGUGUAUGGCUGGAAGACCGUGUUCGACCCCCAUCGCCCCUUCGCCAUCGACAUGGCGGGCUUUGCUGUGAACCUCAGGCUGAUCCUUCAGCGAUCUCAGGCUUACUUCAAACUGCGAGGAGUGAAGGGGGGCUACCAAGAGAGCAGCCUUCUCCGGGAGCUAGUGACUUUGAAUGACCUUGAGCCGAAAGCUGCCAAUUGCACUAAGAUCCUUGUCUGGCACACAAGGACGGAAAAGCCCGUGCUGGUGAACGAGGGGAAGAAAGGCUUCACAGACCCCAACGUGGAAAUCUGACCUUGCACAGAUGAGCGGAGACCAACAGAUUCCUUCUUGCCCGGCCUGCAGGCUCCUCUCAACAGCAGACAGCCAGACGCGGAGCGGACAGGACCACUCUGGCUUCCAAGCGUUUUAAAGUACUGAAAACAAGUUCACCACCACCACAAAUGCACAGACCGCUUAGACUCCCUGACUUUGCUCCUGGACUCCAAACAGAACCAGACGCUCUGGAGACAGAGGAAGAAAAAGCACAGAAGCCGUUGUAUUGACGCCAACUUCAGUACAAGGCCCGCAGCCUCACGAGGUGCUUGGUUUGGAAGGAGUGCGUGCAGGGCAUGAUACACUGGAGAGGAGGCCCAGCAGCUCCAGGCCCUGGGGCUGGUGUCAUAGGAUGCUCCGGCAUGGACGAGAAACACCUUGAAGGAGUGGCUUGGCCCUAAUGACUUUCUCCCAACACACACAUAUGUUGUGGCUAGGUGCACAGCAACCUGGAGCAGUUCUCCGGUUGUGGCAGAGACAGUUGCCCUCUCAGCUGGCACCCUAUCCCUUAAUUUUGAACUUACUUUAUUCAGUAUUUAUUACGCUGCACAAGAUGGUAGGGUUUGGGGAAGGUGAAAAACAAAGCAGGUAAGAACCAGCCAACAAGCAUCUCUGCUCUCUUCCCAGCCGCUCCCCACCCCCUUCCCCUUCUCCAUCCCCAUCAGCUCCAGGGCUCGGAGGGCAGUCUGACAGCUCUGACAUACCUCUGUGUACUUGUAUGGAUUUAUGUUUACAGAACAUGCUCCUGUACCCCUGCCCCCUCGCGCGGUACUCACUGGAGGUGGGUCCCGGUUGGACCUUUGCAGCCAAAUCCCUUAAAGCUCCAUGCAAGUUUAGAGCUUGGCUCUGAAUCUUCUAGCUCGGGCCUCUCUCUAGUGCUAACCCGACUGGCAAAGCUUUAGGUAUUGGGCUCUCUGAAGUGUGCACCUACCUCAAGACAGGUUACUUUAACAAUCCCCCAGCUGGUCCACCACAGUACUGGAGAGGACCACUCCGGUAUUUCACCAAAUGCUGCUGCUGCAGUCUCCAUACUGGAAAUGAGGUCAAUUGUAGGAGGUAAAUAACAAAUCUCUCAGUAAUGAGCUAACUUCCAUCUCUCGAUCCCUCAACUUUUGUAGUGUUUUUAAAUACUCAGCCCAAUACAGGGCCUCCGACUGAGGAAAACCAGUGGUGCAAUAAAGUAACACUGAAAGACUGCUGGGGCAACCCAAGAAUGAAUUGCAGUUGCUCCUAAUCCAGUGUCCUAAUCAGGUAGGCCACAAGCUGCAGCUCUCCCUGUGCUGCUGGCUCCAGGGGAUGGAGGGAAUGGAGAGGGAAAAUAGAAGAGAAAAAAUCCCAAGCCACUUGAAGCCUCUGCAGCUACCACAAAGUGAGGGUCCUUCUGACAGAGGAAGUGGGGGGUCAGCUGCUCUGUCAAAGACGAGAGGGAGCAGCAGCCUGGGCCCUUGCACCUUAGGAUCCUGGGAAAGCUGGGCUGGAUGGGACCUCAUGAGGUCAGCUGCUCAAGGCAGGCUCAUCACUUAGGUCAGGGAUGGCCAACCAGCAGCAUAUGCGUCACAAGUAGCAUGGGCAGUUUGCAUGUGUGGCAGGAGAGGAGAGGACUGGCACAUGGGGCAGGGAGUAGAAAGCAGAGCAGGCAGGGGAAGGGGCACUUGGAGAGGGUGCAGGGCUAAUCUGUGGCAUGCCUGACCAAAACCCAUUGGCUUAGGUGAUGCUGGAUGAGAAGCAAAAGGAAGAGUUUACCAAAUUUCCCCAUCUCCAGCUACUUUUCCAACCUCUUCCCAGGCCUGAUGUUUGUCUGGCCAGGUGUGGAGCAUUACUGUCCCAAUUCUUCUGAAAAAAGUCUGAAGCACAAAUUUACCUGUGUUAAGGGAUAAAUAUAAUCCUGUAAAGAGACUCAGUUAUUUUUUUAACCCAUAACAUCUUAUAUAAUACUACACAGACUAUUUCUUUCAGAGUAUUAGCUUCACAUCCCUCUUUGGACUAAUGACAUUGUGUAUUUCCUAAUAUUUAAAACAAAAAAAGAAAAUUUUUUUGAAGUUUUAUUCCCUCCCCCCACAUUAGAAAAUAGUUCUGUUCUUUAGCACCCAAUCAUGGAAGACUUGCUACAGCUUCUAUGAAAAUGCCCCUUUGGCCAGAGUCCAAACUGGUUAGCAAGAAUUUGAUGGCACUGGUCUCCCUUUGCAUUUUGGGAAAAGCCCUUCAUAGACUCUGUUAAACAGCAGCUUUCUGUUCAACCAGUUAUUAUCCAAGCCUCCCAGUGGCAUUGCACAGUCUGCAUAUCUUAGAGGGGAAAUAGAAGGCAUUUUCCAAGGGGGUACAAAGUUUUCAUUCUAUUCAAGUGGUUUCCAACCAAUGUCCUCUUCUCACUGCAUGUCUGUUUACUUACAAUAAUGAUAAACCCUGUUGGAUUGCAGCCUUCCAUCCUCUGAAAGGAAUAAUUCCCCAAGAAACAUGCAGGACCUCAUCCUAAACAAAACCCUGUGAAAAUGCUCCACUCUCCUCGGAAAGUUGGCCACAGGAGCCCAGCCCUUUCUAGCUGGUCUGGUAGUUACCGUGGGUUUGGCGCUGCUGAGGGCAGAGGUACAAAUGCUGUGGCAAGACAGGCUCUGAUGGGGAUGGGGUGCAUUACAGCUGCACUGUCUGUCCUCAGUUUUAACUAAAUUGUAUUUAAAUUUGUUAAAUAAACUUAAGUAUGGUUUUUAACAGCCAGAAUUCCCUGGACACGCACUGCAUGGCUGUUUGGGGUGCAGUGAAACUUUGCUUCCACAGCUAAAUGCGGCUCAGUUACUCCCAUAAGGACUAACCUGACUCCUCUUGGCUACUCAAGGUCAGAUGGUGGCUUGGUUUCAGGAGAGAAGAUGCCAAAAUCUUGGAUACACCUGAUUCCCACUGGCAGCAGGGAGCUACAGAGCAAGGCUGAGGUCAUUUAAACCAAAACAGAAAGGGAAUAAGAAGCCAAGCAAGUUUCCAGAGGUUUGGCCCAUUUUUGUCUGUUGACCUUGGACACUGGUGAGUGAAAAGGCAGAGGAGGGAGGGGGUAGAUAAGCCAGCCCACGGUGCGGGUCUUCUGCAGGAUCCCUUGGUCAUGGCUAAGCAAGGUCCAAAACCCCUACUGUACACUUCCAAGAGCUUUAACUUCAGAUUAAGUGGCAGCUGUGGGAGCUUCCCUGCCUGCACUGUGCAGUGACCCCUCUCCCUACUCUCCAACUUCUCUCCCUGCUCACGCAGUGUUCCCAUUAGGGUCUAGGGAGAGCCGUGAGUAGCUGGACUCUGUGCCCUAAAGGACAGACCAUGCCUAUAGCCUCCCCUGGGCUGGAUUUAUGCAAGAUUG